AUGACAAACAAGCGGUGUGAAGUCCUCCUGGGUAGUGGAAACUACUUCCACUGGGAGUAUAACAUGCGCAUGACGUUGGCGCGCAAGGGACUGCUGGUGCACGUUCAAGUCAUCAAGAAAGAAGAAGAGAUGACGGAUGCCUGGCUGUUCAACGACGCUAAGGCACUGGGUAUCAUCGCUCAAGGCAUAGAGCUACAGCACCAGACCAAGAUACGAUCGGCGGCGACAGCUAUGCACGCGUGGGUCAUCUUGCGGGACUUCUACAACCGCACCACGCUCCACAAUCGUGUCGAGAUGACACGUCGUCUGCAUGAGUUCAAGAUGGAGAAUGGUUCGACCAUGUCGAAGCACUUGGAUGCUUUUGAAGAGCUUGUUGUCGGCCUCCAGACACUUGGAGAGCCAGUCGAUGACUCUCGGCAGCUAGUGGUGCUGCUUAGUAGUCUUCCGACGGACUAUGAGCUCAUCUCGUCAAUUGUAGAGAAUUCCAAGGACAUUACGCUCAUCGAGGUCAAGGAAAAGCUGCUCAAGGAGUAUGAACGAUUGCAGAGGAAGGAGACUACGGAGAAGGCGUUUCCUGUAAGCAGCAACGGUAGACGGUUCAAGGGAGGCCAAGGUAACGGCCGCAAGGGAAACUAUCUACGGAAAACCAACACCGGAAUUAAAGGCAAGUGCUUUAAGUGUGGUCAAGUCGGACACUAUAAGCGGGACUGCCUGAAGCGUAGCAAUGGCGAGGAAGAAGGUGCUGUGUUUGCUGCUGGUGAGUUGCAAUGCGAAGAAUGGCUUAUCGACAGCGGGGCUACGUCGCACAUGACACCACAUCGGAGCGAUAUAUUUGAGUACAAGGAGUUGAAGACUGGUCAACAAGUCUCUAUCGCUGAUGGCAAGAAGCUGCAGGUAGCUGGAGUGGGAACAGUCAAGCUGAAAGGUCUAGACGGUCGACGGAUCAUGAUGGUCGAUGUCAUGCACAUACCAGGACUUGACAAACGAUUGCUGUCCGUUGGCAAACUGGCAGGACGAGGCAUGAGGGUGGAGUUUCAAAGCUCGUCCUGCAUCAUUUGGAGUGCCAAGCGCGCGAUUGCAAGCGGCAAGAAGAUUGGCAAGGCGUACUUCCUGGAUUGCGAACAAGAAGAAGCCCGGCUUGUAGAAUACGCAGGGGCUGAAAGUGAGUGGGAGCUUUGGCACGCUCGCUUGGGACACCCCGGAAGAUCUGGUAUGGACAAGACACAGCGCGCUACGAGUGGUAUGCCGGCGGUAAAGCAGGGCAUCGAGAAGCUGUGCAGUGGAUGCAUGAAGGGCAAGCUGACGAUCGAUACAUUCCCGUCUCAAUCGCUAACAAGGACGUCACGUGUGUUGGAACUAGUACACACGGACGUGAUGGGACCGAUUAAGACGGUCUCAAAGGGUGGUGCACGAUUCGUAUUGACAUUCGUAGACGACUACUCAAGAUUUGUGGCAGCGUACUUCAUGAAGCACAAGAGCGGGGUGGCCGCAAGGCUUAGCGAGUUCAAGGCUUUCUAUGAGAAUCAAUGGGGCAAGCACUUGAAGUGUAUACGGUCGGAUAACGGGACGGAGUUUGUCAACAAGAAGAUUGCCCAUAUAUGCGCCCGUAAUGGUAUCAUGCACCAACGGACAGUACCAUAUAGUCCGCAACAGAACGGCGUUGCGGAACGCAUGAAUCGCACUAUCAUGGAGAAGGCAAGGAGCAUGCUGUACUACAAGGGUAUCGACAUGCAGUGGUGGGCAGAGGCGGUCAGUACGGCUGUGUACUUGAUCAACAGAUCCACAAACUCUGCAAAUUCGGACGUAACACCGUUCGAGGUUGGUUUCAAGAUGAAGCCGAGUAUUGAGCAUUUGCGUGUGUUUGGAUCGCAAGGGUAUGCUCACAUUGACGACGCCAAGAGGACGAAGCUCGAACCAAAGAGUUACCGGUGUAUGUUCCUCGGAUAUGCGGAGAACACCAAGGGAUACAGGGUGUUCAAUCUGGAAAGGUCGAAGGUUGUCAUAUCGCGCUCCGUAAAGCUGGACGAGCGGGAAGUUGAAGGCAUAUACGACACGGUGGUACCAGAUAAAGUACCAGUCGUCAAGUAUAUUAGGGACACUGAUGAAGCAGUGAUUCCGGUGGUUCGUCCGUAUGAUGGAGACGAGACGAUGGAAGAUGUCGAAGAAAGCGCUCCUGAUGUCGAGAUGGACGAGAUAGAAUCGGCUCCAUUCGAAACAGGUAUCAUCAUACCUCAAGUACUCGAUCCAGAAACUCAAGAACCAAGAGGCGAUGAGAUAACGGGAUAUCAAGCUCCGAGACAAGCUUUUCAGGAGGACAGGUUGGUAUUUCAGCCGGAGAUAAAUCGGACAAGACGCUCACGAGACAGAAUGCUGCUGCUUGAGAAUGGGAAUAGCAGUGAAGACACGUCAGAAGGUAGCGAUGGACCACCUUCUCCAAAGCGUGCAAGAAUUGAUGACGAAGGUCUCAUUGCAGAGGCUGUAUUAGCCUAUGCUGCAAGCGUUGGCGAGGCGGACGACGCUCCAUCAACAUACAGCCAAGCGUUAAAAGGCGAAGACAACAGCAAGUGGAUUCAAGCGAGCGGAGCUCAAGGCGCACGCCGAUAA